AUCCCUUUACAUGUCGUAUUCGUCCUGUCGAAAUUGACCUACUGUAACACAACUCGUAAAUAUUCCUAUCCAAUGUCCUGCCAUUUUCUCGGAAGUCGAUGAAAGCAUUGGUCUAAGCGCCUUGAGCGUCUCUGCGGUAUCUGCGAACUAAGUGUUAGACUUGCAGUGAAGCUUGACAAAUUAACAUCGUGUUGAUACUGUGCCACCAGGCUGCAGAAUCAUCGCAACACUUCAGUCUCGUUAUUUUUGCAAUGUCUGCAUCAGCGCGUACUGCUGUAAGGCGGGACGCCCCUCAAGCAGGUUUUUCUCCAGAUUCGUUCAAGCCAUUACUCCACAAACUGGUCAGGACACCAGAGUACUUCAGUCCAGAUGACAUCCGUCUCGCCUUGGAGCAUAUCUUCACGCCAGACGCUGUCCUUCCUGAACAGAUUGGUGCUUUCCUGACCGCUUUGCACGUCAAUCGAGUGGAAAGGCGGCCAGAUUCUCUCGCAGCAGCUGCGGACGUUCUCAGAGAACGAGCUCUGAAAGCUGCCGUACAAGAUAUCGAUACCGACUUCGUGGUAGACAUCGUUGGUACGGGAGGAGACGGUCAUGAUACAUUCAACGUGAGCACAACAGCUGCUAUUGUCGCUGCAGGUGCAGGUGCAAGAGUAAUCAAGCAUGGUAGUCGAGCCUCUACCUCGUCUUCCGGUUCAGCGGAUCUUCUCCAAUCCCUUGGUUGCCUCUUCACACCCCCAACCCCUGGAACACCCAUGCCCAUUGCCCGAGUCCCAUUUACGUUCAUUCUCGCACCGCAUUACCACCCUGCAAUGGCUUUCAUCGCUCCGUAUCGGAAAGCCUUACCUUUCCGAACGAUGUUCAACGUUCUAGGACCACUCAUUAACCCUGCCCGGCCAAGAGGUAUGGUCGUGGGUGUCGCAGAACCAGAACUUGGCAGAACAUUUGCGCAGAGUUUGAAGAAUGGCGGAGUUGAGAGGGCGUUGGUUGUUUGUGGGGCUGAGAAGCUGGACGAGAUCAGUUGUGCGGGGGAGACUCAUGCCUGGGAACUCAAGGAUGGUGAAAUCACGGAGAAGACGUUGCACCCUGAACAGUUCGGUCUCAAGACACAUCCAUUAUCUGCUGUUUCUGGCGGAACUCCGGCUGAAAACGCGGAGACUUUCAAGUUGCUUCUAAGGUCUGGCGAGAACAUUCCCGAGAGGCUUGCGCCGAUCCUGGAUUUCGUUCUGUUGAACACCGCAGCUUUGUUAGUCGUUGCUGGCAUCGCGGAAGACUUCACCGAGGGCGUCGAGUUGGGAAGGAGAAGUAUUGCUUCGGGUAAAGCUUGGGAAGCACUGGAUUUAUUCCGUCAAGCUGGGGAGGAGGCUGCUGCGAAGCUGUCGUCAUAAACAUGUAGUCGUUCUAGAAGUGAAUGUAUACCAGUACUAACUUAUUCAUACUUGGGAACUAGACAACCACCUCAGGUGAAGUGAACAUUGACCUAAAUUCAAGUAGAAACCAAUGGAUGCCGCAUGGACAACUAGAUAUGCAACCAAAGGUCCAGAGUCCAUCAUCGCAAGAAGGAAUAGUGAAUACAAUAUCCUAGAUGUA